ACCAAAAGAGGUACAKAUGCGACCAACAAAAAAAUGCUGGUACGGUUGCUGUGUAGAAUUUCUACCACAAAAUAUGUAACACAUGUAAGUACGGUGGAAAAUAGAGUGGGAUCCAAUGACGUAUUAUAGCCCACGUAGAAUGCUACCUAUUUUCAGUACUGGUCCACUCCUAUGACCGUUUUGAGAUAUCGGUUGCAAAAAUGGGGUACAGGUACCGUACCGUACGGUAGUGUAGUACAGCCAGGGGUCAUAAUUUAGACCCCUGCCAUGGCACACGUAGCGUACGAGCAANGAUAACGGAGGAAAUCUUUUGGAGGUGAAACCAUCUUUGGAGUCAGAAGUAAGUGAAGACCAAAAACUAGCGAAGACAGACGAAAGCAAAGAGGACGGCACGAUUCAAAUUCAGGUAAAACGGGUCGAGGAUAACGGAGGAAAUCUUUUGGAGGUGAAACCAUCUUUGGAGUCAGAAGUAAGUGAAGACAAAAAACCAGCGAAGACAGAGGAGACUGGCGAAGACGGAACUAAAAAAAAACAGGAAGCGGCGGAAAAUAAUAUUGGUGGAGAAGACACAAAUCCCGAAGAGAGCAGCGAAAUUUUGGCAUCCGAUAUUGAGAGCAAAAGACUGGAUGAAGGGAUGGAUGUUCCUUCUAUUGAACCAGGUGGAAACAACGAAGACGUAUAGACCAAGUUGGGAAUGGGAUAAAAACGAAGAGACCGAGGAAGGGAAAUCGACGAUCGAAAGUCUAUUUCGUGCAAAUUUGGGUGACAAAAUUUUAUUGUGAUAAUUACCGAUCCUUUUCUAAGAUUAAGAAAAACUAUUGAGAUGUAAACUAAAUAUAGCCGUUUCCU